AUGUCACCUUGCCGCCAUCCAGAGGUCCAGAAGCAUUCAGGUCCAGAAGCAUUCAAGAUGGACUUUGGGAUGUCCAAUUGGGAGGAAAUCCACAGGGCGAAGAACUAUUGGACCAAGGGUCUCGACGCUCAGAGAUCCUUCUAUGCGAAUUCCACGGGGGCAAUUGCAUCUUUAGAAGACAUUGAAUGCUCGCUCGGACAUUGUGGUUCCUACACAGCCUCUGAACCGAUCCUGGUCAUGUCGCUUUCUGCUCCAAUGCGGUGA